AGGAAGGGAUUAAAGUCAAAGUGAAAGCAGUUCCAGCUCACAGCGAGAAGAAAUCCUUAUUUUCACAUUAAUUUCUGAAAUUCACUGCCGGAUUUUCACCGACUCUGAAAUAUAAACACAGACAAUUCUCACUCCCUGAAAAGAGGCGAGUAAAAUAAAGGUUCAAAACACAGGAGGAAGAAAGUGGCUGAAUCUUCAUCAACAAAAGACAGAAAAAGGAGCAGCAUGGAUCACCCACCUUUCUUUUCUGAUGACUCCAGCAGUCUCCUGUCUGAAGAGAAGCUGCUGUGUUCGACCUGUCUGAACGUGUUCACUGAUCCACUCACCACUCCAUGUGGACACAGCUUCUGUAAGAGCUGCCUUACACAGUGCUGGGAGAAGAGUCAACACUGUUACUGUCCAUUAUGUAAAGAGAAAUUCACCAAGAAACCUGAACUGAAGAUUAAUACAACACUGAGAGAGGUUGCAGAUCUCUUCAAGAAGAAACAUAGUCCUGAUAAACCUGAGGUUCUUUGUGAUGCCUGCACUGGAGAGAAGCUGAAGGCUCUGAAAUCCUGUCUGGAUUGUCAUGCAACUUUCUGUAAAACUCAUUUAGAGCCUCAUAAUCUUGUUUCAAGCUUUCAGAAACACAAACUAAUAAACCCUGUGGAGAACCUGGAGGACUACAUGUGCCAGAAACAUGACAGACCGCUGGAGCUGUUCUGUAGAGAUGAUCAGACAUGUGUGUGUCAGUUCUGCACUGAAGGAGACCACAAGAAUCACAACACUGUUCCUAUAGAGGAGGAGAGCGGAGAGAGGAAGACUCAGCUGGGAAAAACACAGACAGAUGUGCAGCAGAUGAUUCAGGACCGACUGAAGAAGAUCCAAGAGAUCAAACACUCAGUUGAGCUCAGCAAAACAAACACAAAGAAAGAGAAAGCAGACAGUGUUGAAGUCUUCACUGCUCUGAUUCGCUCCAUUGAGAGAAGUCAGGCUGAGCUGCUCGAGGUGAUGGAGGAGAAGCAGAAAGCAGCAGAGAGGCAGGCUGAAGGACUCAUUAAAGAGCUGGAGCAGGAAAUCAUUGUGCUAAAGAGGAGAGACACUGAGCUGGAGCAGCUCUCACACACUGAGGAGCAUCUCCACCUCCUACAGAUUUACUCCUCCAUGUGCAGCCCUCCACACACCAAGAACUGGACUGAGAUCAGUAUUAACACUGAUCUGAGUGGGGACACUGUGAGGACAGCUCUGUCUCAGCUUCAGCAGACUCUGAAUGAGAAACUCACUAAAACACCCAAUGACAAGUUAAAGGAAGCAGUUUCCAUAGAACUGAAGAGGAUUCAGCAGUAUGCAGUGGAUGUAACUCUGGAUCCUGAUACAGCUCAUCCCAAUCUCAUCCUGUCUGCUGAUGGAAACCAAGUGACACAUGGAGACAAACGACAGAAUCUCUCUGAUACACCACAGAGGUUUGAUCCGUGUGUUAUGGUUCUGGGAAAGGAGAGUUUCUCCUCAGGGAGAUUUUAUUAUGAGGUGCAGGUCAGAGGGAAAACUGAGUGGGAUUUAGGACUUGUGAGAGAGAACAUUAAUAGGAAGGGGAAGAUUUCAGCAACUCCUGAGAAUGGAUUGUGGACUGUGAUACUGAGGAAUGAGAAUCAGUACUGGGCUCGUGCUGAUCUCCCUGUCCUCCUCACACUGAAAGAGAAGGUGGAGACGGUGGGGGUGUUUGUGGAUUAUGAUGAGGGUCUGGUCUCCUUUUAUGAUGUGAAGUCCCAAUCUCAUAUCUACUCUUUCACUGGUCAGUCUUUCACUGAGAAACUCUAUCCAUUCUUCAGUCCUUAUUUAAAUGAUGGAGGUAAAAAUUCAGCCCCACUGAUCAUCUCUCCUGUAUGAAAGACCGAAUGAAUUUUCAUUUCACAAAUUUAAUCAUCUAUUAAAUGGUGAGAAUAAACAGAAAUAUUUUACUUUUUCUGGUUAAUUUUAGAAAUACAUAUUCCCCUUUAAAAUGCUGUACAGUUUAUUUUAAUAUCUGGGUUUAGUUUUUUGCAGAAACGAAUAAUUUUACUCCUACUGUCUGUUUUUACACAUUUUGAUUGUUGAACUUUGUCAUUAAAAAUCAAAGAUUAAUAAAGAUUAUUUACAAUUCAAACUGAGUUGUACUGCAGAAUGCAAUCUGAUCAGUAAAAUGUAUUCAGUUCAGCUGCUGAUGUCUGUGUACAACCCCGAUUCCAAAAAAGUUGGGACAAAGUACAAAUUGUAAAUAAAAACGGAAUGCAAUAAUUUUACAAAUCUCAAAAACUGAUAUUGUAUUCACAAUAGAACAUAGACAACAUAUCAAAUGUCGAAAGUGAGACAUUUUGAAAUUUCAUGCCAAAUAUUGGCUCAUUUGAAAUUUCAUGACAGCAACACAUCUCAAAAAAGUUGGGACAGGCUCAAUAAGAGGCUGGAAAAGUUAAAGGUACAAAAAAGGAACAGCUGGAGGACCAAAUUACAACUCAUUAUGUCAAUUGGCAAUAGGUCAUUAAUAUGACCGGGUAUAAAAAGAGCAUCUUGGAGUGGCAGCGGCUCUCAGAAGUAAAGACGGGAAGAGGAUCACCAAUCCCCCUAAUUCUGUGCCGACAAAUAGUGGAGCAAUAUCAGAAAGGAGUUUGACAGUGUAAAAUUGCAAAGAGCUUGAACAUAUCAUCAUCUACAGUGCAUAAUAUCAUCAAAAGAUUCAGAGAAUCUGGAAGAAUCUCUGUGCGUAAGGGUCAAGGCUGGAAAACCAUACUGGGUGCCCAUGAUCUUCGGGCCCUUAGAUGGCACUGCAUCACAUACAGGCAUGCUUCUGUAUUGGAAAUCACAAAAUGGGCUCAGGAAUAUUUCCAGAGAACAUUAUCUGUGAACACAAUUCACCGUGCCAUCCGGUGUUGCCAGCUAAAACUCUAUCGUUCAAAGAAGAAGCUGUAUCUAAACAUGAUCCAGAAGCACAGACGUCUUCUCUGGGCCAAGGCUCAUUUAAAAUGGACUGUGGCAAAGUGGAAAACUGUUCUGUGGUCAGACGAAUCAAAAUUUGAAGUUCUUUAUGGAAAUCAGGGACGCCGUGUCAUUCAGACUAAAGAGGAGAAGGAUGACCCAAGUUGUUAUCAGCACUCAGUUCAGAAGCCUGCAUCUCUGAUGGUAUGGGGUUGCAUUAGUGUGUGUGGCAUGGGCAGCUUACACAUCUGGAAAGACACCAUCAAUGCUGAAAGGUACAUCCAGGUUCUAGAGCAACAUAUGCUCCCAUCCAGACGACGUCUCUUUCAGGGAAGACCUUGCAUUUUCCAACAUGACAAUGCCAAACCACAUACUGCAUCAAUUACAGCAUCAUGGCUGCGUAGAAGAAGGGUCCGGGAACUGAACUGGCCAGCCUGCAGUCCAGAUCUUUCACCCAUAGAAAACAUUUGGCGCAUCAUAAAACUGAAGAUACGACAAAAAAGACCUAAGACAGUUGAGCAACUAGAAUCCUACAUUAGACAAGAAUGGGUUAACAUUCCUAUCCCUAAACUUGAGCAACUUGUCUCCUCAGUCCCCAGAUGUUUACAAACUGUUGUAAAGAGAAAAGGGGAUGUCUCACAGUGGUAAACAUGGCCUUGUCCCAACUUUUUUGAGAUGUGUUGUUGUCAUGAAAUUUAAAAAUUACCUAAUUUUUCUCUUUAAAUUAUACAUUUUCUCAGUUUAAACAUUUGAUAUGUCAUCUAUGUUCUAU